AUGGGUAGCAUAGACCUAAAAAUAAAAGGUGAUGCAGUAGACACCAAUGUCGAGAGAAUAUUCAACGACAAUAUAUUGGAUAGUUAUGAUGAAGAAGAAGAAUUAAGUAUUCGUAACUUGAAGCGUCACGAUCUAACUCAAGUGGAAGGCGAUGAUCCUAUUUUGGCUAGGAAAAUGUUUUUAAUUAAUGAAGCUAUAGAUGAAAUAGGCUUCACUUGGUACCACUUGAAACUUUUCUGUAUUGCUGGAUUUGGAUACUCAGCAGAUUCACAAUUGGAAAUGAUUCAGAGUUCUGUCAAAACAUAUGUUGAUUUUCAAUUUGGAAGAUCAUAUCCUGUUGCUACAGAAAUAUUUUACGUUGGUUUGAUUUGUGGUUCUGUCUUUUGGGGUUUUGGAGGAGACUUGAUUGGUAGGAAGUGGGCUUUUAAUCUCUCUUUAUUUUUUGCUGCAUUGUUUGGGUUCAUUACUGGAGGAAUGAGUUCGUAUGCAACUUAUUGUAUUUUUCUAUUUUUGAACUCUUUUUCGGCUGGAGGUAAUAUUGCUAUGGACGUGACUGUUUUCUUAGAAUAUUUGCCUUUCAAAUACCAAUGGUUGACAACAUUCCUUGCUGCUUGGUGGGGCGUGGGUCAAACAAUUGCAGUACUAGUAGCUUGGGCUUUCAUACCUAAGUAUAGCUGCGAUGUUUCAUCUGGAAGUUGUCCUUCACAUUUAAACAAAGGUUGGAGGUAUUGUUGGUAUGUUAACUCAGGAAUAGUUAUGGCAGGAGCCCUCUUGAGGUUAUUUGCUUUCAAACUAGAUGAAACACCGAAAUUCUUGGUAUCUAAUGGACGAGAUGAAGAGGCCGUUGAAUCAUUAAGAAGAGUAGCUGAAAAGUAUAAGAGACCCUUUAAUUUAACUGUUGAGCAGUUGAAAGAUUGUGGAGAUAUUAUAUCCCAUCAUCAAGCGGAUAAAAGUAAGUUGAAAAAUUCAAUUGCUCAAAUUAAAGCACAUGUCAAGAUUUUAUUUUCAACACGUUUGGUAGCGUGGUCAAGUUUCUUAGUUCUCUUUUCAUGGUUUUUAAUUGGCAUAUCUUAUUCGACAUUCUAUAACUUCUUAUACAUAUAUAUUGGACUCCAUGGUGGAAAUACUGGUUCUUCAACUUAUAUUGUUUAUCGAAAUUCUGCAAUAAGCAACUUUGUUGGGAUAUUUGGUCCCAUGGUUGGAGGUUUGAUGAUUUUAAUUCCAAAGGUAGGGCGUAGAGGUACCAUGGCCAUUGGUGCUAUUUGCGCAAUGGCCAUACUUUUUGCCUACACAACUGUCAGGACUCAAAAAGGGGAUGCUGGAUUUGCUUCAGCUACGUAUUUUUUUGUCAAUAUUUACUAUGGCUGCUUAUAUGCUUAUACUCCAGAGAUUUUCCCAGCACAAGCGAGAGGUACUGGCACAUCACUAGCACUAGUAUCAUGCAGAAUUUCAGGAUCAUUGGCUCCUGUAGUCUAUUAUUACGGUCAACAAUCUGGGUCGUCGAUCCCAAUUUGGGUCUGUGGGGCAUGUAUCGGGUUUCUUGCUUUCCUUGCUUUACUUAUGCCGUUUGAACCUACAAAGAGUCGCUCUGUUUAA